AUGAAUCCUGAUAUUCAACAAAAGAUUUUAAAGUUUGAAACAUUUAUCAAUGAUGUAUUAAGAGAAGAUCUUGCUAAAUUAGAGCAGAAGCUUGACACUAAAAAUGCAGAUGUUGCUGAGUUCCUGCAGUUGAAGUCUAUGAUUACUACUCUUCAGACUAAUGACUUUGAUAAAAAUGGUUUUAAAACCCAAGUAGAUGUUGGUCAAAAUUUCUUUAUCGAGGCACAUGUUCCUGAUGCAUCCACAAUCCUCUUGGACAUUGGUUUGGGACAUUAUGUGGAAUUUGCUCUAAAUGAUGCCUUAACAAUUAUCAAUGUACGAAUUAAAUUGCUGGAACAGCAGAUUGCACAUUUUCGCAAAGAGAUAGCAAAAACAAAUGCUCACAUAAAACUAAUUCUUCUUGGUAUUAGGGAAUUGCAAGGUUUCAAAGAUUAA